AUGAAUUUGGAUUUAUGACAAAAGCCUACCGUUUCUUCACAUGACUCUCUUAGAAACAAAUGAUAAGUAGAAAGAAUUGUAUGGUUUUGAUUUUUGAAUUUAUUUCCGUAGUUCAAUUGAAAUAAAUCGAGUAAAUGUUCACAAAUCAGUUGUACUAUUACUUUUUCGAAAAUGAUCGCAGAUCUGUAUUGUAUAUAUCUAUUUAUUUUUUUAUUUAACACAGCCAAGCUGUGGCUGAAUGAAGUUAAAAAGUAUCUCUUUGAAAUAACAUAAAAAUAUAUAUCAUACAAUCAAGAUGGAAAUGCUUGGUAAGUGGUCAGAUGAUAAACGGUCCAGAAUAACCUUUGGUAAACGUUUCCAAAAGGACAAAGGCUAUGUGAAGCGUUAGGUAAUUACACGUUUAGUUUGUGACUCUAGGACUGCAAAAGUCAUCAUUCAAUUUAUACCGGUAGAUAAAUUGACGAAAAAUUUUACGUCAGUUCAAGCAGAUCCAUGUUGAUUGUAGAGUGCUUCGAGUUUACAAUAACCAAUUUUUUGGCUUGUGCAAGGUCGAUUUGACGUUUGAUUUUUGGCCACGUUCCGGCUUCUGUCCGAGAACUAAGGGGUUAGACUCGGGCAUGCACAAAACUACACGCUUGAGUAAAGCGAUUGCGAGGGUGUGCUUGCAAAUUGGAUUUUGCAUGAAAUAUGGACAAGAGCAUGUAGAUUCGGUCCAAUUUUCAGCAAAAUUUAGCUGAUACACGCAAGCUAGCUGAGUAUUCAUGGAAUGACUCUGUUCUGUAAAAUAGCUGCAUGGCAGUUGCACCAUCCAAAACCAUACAAUUCUUUCUACUUACCAUUUGUUUCUAAGAGAGUCAUGUGAAGAAAAGGUAGGCUUUUGUCAUGAAUCCAAAUUCAUUUUUCGAAAAAUUGUGGACGAAUUUCAAAAUAUUUUGGACCAUUUUCUAAAUAUUUUGGACGAAUUUCGAAUAAUUUUGGACGAAAAUCAAAUUUCAAAGUUGGAGACGAUAACAGAUUUGGACCUUUUUAUAAUUUUAUUUUCAAAACCGGCCAAAAAAAUGAGAAAAACGACAAUUUUUUUUCCAUUUUUUGGACGAAAUUUCAAUUAUUCACUGAUAUCUGUCUUCGGGAAAGUUAUGAUCAUAGUGCUAAAAUUAUAUCAAUAAAUUUUGUUUGAAUGCAUCACAUAUUCCCAUACAAAUGUAUGUAAAUAUAUAGGGAUCCUGCCAGAGCUGAGGGGUCCGUUCUUAGUAUUUGUACAUCCUUAUAUAAUCCUUUUUGAGGACUUUUUUGUAAUGUGUUUUCUGCUAGAUAGAUAGUCAAUGAAAUUUUAGGGCAGGUAGCUCUGAGCUCAAGUUGCUAGCUGAAUUAGAAAUAUGUUAAAUUAAUAAAGUUGAAGUUUAAAUACGGUUCGCGGCAAAUUGGAACUCCUAAGAAAUUAGAAUUGAAUUUCCAGGUGUUAUUUCUAAUUUGCGAGGUUUUUAAUUUUCGCGUGCAGAGAUGACUUUAUCGCUACAGCGAGUAUUUGUGUUGUUUUUUUUUGUUUUUUUUUUCGUUAUACUUUACCUUUUUGUUGGCCAACAAAAACUUUGUAUCAAUACUUUGUGUAACAUAAAAAAGAACAGUUAUUGAAAAACCACAUUCAUUUAGUUUUAUUUAACACCGCCAAGCUCUGGCUGAAUAUAAUGAGGUUUAAAUAAGUGUUUGGCCGGAAAAGAGUGCAAGACUGUUACAUCAAUUUAUAAUAAUAAUAAUUUACACCGAUUUAGUAAUCUUUCAGUUCUCGCCUCGUUAAAAACCUGGCUCUUUUCAUAAAUUAUGCAGUAUCAAGAAUGCGCGUAAUUACUAAGUGCAUAUGACCACACAAUGCGAAUACCGGGUCUAAGCUCUUCUUUAUUAUGUCACACAAAAUAUUAUAACGAAAAAAUCUUUUGGUCAAAGUAGAAUGAGAAAACAACAAAAAUACUCGGGUGCGCUAAAGUCAUCUCUGUUUGCGUGUGAUUAUGAUAUGAGCAAUCCAUUUUUAUUUCCAAAUGAAACAUUUCAUAUUACAACAGUUAAGCUAUAUUAGCUUUGGAAGUGGCUCAUUUUGGGGCGAUCAUUAUCGUCAACAAACUGAUUAAAUAGUGUUCAAAAAAUGAAAGUUUUAAAAUCAAUCAUAGUUUACUUUCCAUCUGUUCUCACUUUGAUCAGAUAUUGAGACAAUUUAUGCAAAAAAAAAACAUCAUAAACACUGGCGGGAUUCUAAACACUCUCCAAAAAAAAUUCACAAGUUUUCGUGUGAUUUGUGAAAACAUUUGUGAUUUUCAAAACAACGAAUUCGAUUGAUUGUUUUCUAUGUGAUUUCUAUUUUCGCAACAUUCCACUGUAACCUUUCGUGUGAAUAUUUUCACGAAAGUCUUUGAUGAAAUAUUUUAUUUUUGGAAAAAUCCUAUCGCAAAACUGGUUUCUAGCAGAGUUUCUGCCAGAUAUGCUCGAUGAACCGAGUGGAGAUAUGCUGAAUUAAUCGUUCAUUUGACAUUAUUUAUUGAAAAAUACCAUCCCAACUAAGAGUUGAUGAAGCCAAUUAAAAGUAAAUUCAAAAAGAGAAACAAUAGGUAGGAUUCACUUGCAGUCUAGGGGGUAAAAUCAUUUUUUUCAUCUUUUAUAUCCCCACGCAUCAAGUAAUUGGAAAUUCAAUGGUAUGCAUGCAAAUCCGAAAUAUCCAGGUAUAUUCAACAAUAUUCAUCGUGAACGACAAAUGAAUAUUACUGAAUAUACAUAUAUAUGUCAAAUUUACGUGUAUACGUAUGAAAAAUAAAAAUAGCAGCAAAUAGUAGUGAAUCAAACCUUCAACCGUAAAUUUGAACGAUUUUGGUAGAUAACGGUGAAUAUUGGAACAUUUUUUGACAUUACAGUCUAAUGAAUAUUAUUAAAUAUACAUAGAUAUUUGAGAUUGACGUGCAUACCAGUAAAUUUGUGCAGAUUGUAUAGUCAAAAAAUGUUCCAAUAUUCACCUUAAUCCACCAAAAUCUGCCAAAAUCCUUCAAAAGUGGUUCAAAUUUUUGGUUGAAGUUUUGAUUCACUAUUAUUUUUAUUUUUUCAGAGUUAUUUGCGUUCUGCAAAAUCGCGUGAAGCCCCUAGCUUGCAGUGAAGAUUCAUGUAACAUGAGAUUUUGAAAAUCCACAUAAAUUUAAUUCAAACAUUGACUAAUUGAAAAUAUCAGUGUUUUAAAACAGAGUUUGACUUAUCCGCCAGAUAUAUGCUAUGGCAUAAAAAAAAUAUGCGCAUAUUUUUUGGUACAUUUGGAUUUUGUGACUAACUUACCAUGUAAAUUCAUAUGGAUAUCACGAAUUUGGGACCAAAAAUUUCGUGUGACAUUGAAACUAUUGUUUCGUGAAGCCACAUUAGGAUUUUGCUAAAAAUCACAAUCGAAAAUAAAACAACGGAAUUUAUUCAUAAAAUUUUCACAUUUCACAUGAAAAUUUGAGAAAAUGUUUGGAACGUUUUUCAGAAUCCCGCCACAGAUUAAUAAAAUCAUAAUCAUUUCUAAUGUGUUACACACAGGGAUCGAAACCAAACCAAACCGAAUAUUUGGUUUAAGUGUGUGAACAAACCAAACCAUUCGGAACGUUCUGAAAAAUGGUUUGUAUGGCACACAGAAACGUUUAUGCUUACGUGUAUUAGUAUACGACACUAACACAGUGACAACCCGCUUGAACGUUGCCCAUACAAACCAUUCUCAGAACGUUCCGCUUGAUAUGGUUCGCUCCGAUGAACAGAGAGCAAAGCAGUGAAACCGUUCCGAAAUCGGUUUGUAUGAGAAACGUCAAACCGUUUUCGAUCCCUGGUUACACACAUUCAGAGCAUUCAUUAAAUAAACAAUAAUGCUAGGGACUAACCACGGUUUUAAAAAUAACCAAUAAUGACCGACUUUAACAUUUUUUAUCAUUUGAACAAAUAAAUUCCGAUAUGAUCACAUUUUAGUCGAUUUUGCCCGAUUUUUGCAGUAAUUUUUUCGCUUUAACGAAUGCAUACUGUUCUAGAAGCGGAUUUUGGUGCAUCCUCAGGAUCGUUCAGAACUGCUCCCGAUUCUGGAAGUGGGUUUUGGUGGAUCUUCAGGAUGGACCAGACUGGGUUUGACAAUGCCCUGGCCCAUCCUGAUGAUCCACUUCCAGAACCGGGAGCAGUACUAAACGAUCCUGAGGAUCCACCAAAACCCACUUCCAGCAUUUUUGAAGAGCGAUACGCCUAUUUACCGCAACCGAUGAUCAUCAAGAAUGCUUUUAUGGAUUGGAAAGCUCGGAAACAACUCACUUUUCAAUAUUUGAAGGAAGUUUACAACAGAUGGCCUGACGCUUUAAAUCAUUUUAGUAAUGAAUGCCAAUUUUUGCCUUUCAAAUCCGUAUUCGCUACGUUGAAUGAGUUCUUUAAUAUGCCUGAGUCGGAUGUCAACAGUGGCAACCCGCCUUGGUACGUUGGCUUCUCGAAUUGCCAUCCAAAUAUCUUGAAAGAAUUACGCGAACUUUAUCCUCGGCCACACUUUCUGCCAACCGAUGCAGAGCUACCAAAUACAGACUAUACUUUCCUUGGCGAAGGCGAAGGCGCUGUAAUGCAUCUAGAUUACAUUCCAAGAUUGAUGUGGCAAGCUCAACUGCAAGGCAAUAAAACCUGGUUCAUAAGCCCCACCCCAGAAUGUGAUUCAAAGUGCUCCAGUUUUUCGUUCUAUGUGGAAGCAGGCGAUGCAGUUUUGAUUGACACACGGAUUUGGUAUCAUGGCACCAUUACAGGACAGUUCUCAAUAACCAUUCAGUCAGAAUAUGGCUAAAUAUUUUCAUUUUGGCUAUGAAAUACAAGGUUUUAUUGAAAAUCUUCAAAAACCUACAGAAGCUAUGUACUAUUAAUUUACUAAAUAAAUAAUAAAUAUUAAAGAAAUGUUUUAAAAGAAAUAUUCAACGAAUAAUAAAAGGGUUUUUGAAGAUUUUCAAUUAAACCUUGUAUUUCAUAGUCAAUAGGUGAAAAUGAAAAUUCCGUUAUACUAUUAGAAUCAGUACCAAAGACAAAUUCGAGAAACUCGUUUAGUACCGCAUCAGAAUAUGGCUAAAUAUUGCUGCAAGAGUCAUAGGUUUUUAUUUUCUGGUAUAUCAAUAGCACAAAAUAUUUCACACAUUCAUUAGCAUUUGUGGAUAUAUUUGCCUUAGCAUGAUACAAUUUUAUUCCAUACUUAUUGGCAUUAUUCAGAAACAUACCGCAGUUUCCGGGAAGAAAUCAAAGUACCCCUUCUGGUUUGACUUUGAUUUAAGAAGUAAAUUAAAAAAGAUAGAUAAGGCUCGACUCAAGUGGAAAAGAACCGCUAUGGACAGUGAUUACCAGUUUUUCUCUGAUCUUAGAAGGGAAUGCAAACUGAAAAUUGAACAGUAAUUACAUGAAUAGCCUCCAAAUUAAUAUCAAAUCAAACAUAAAACUGUUCUGGGCGAGGGGCAAAUCACUCUACAAAUUACUUCCAUACUAGUUCUAAAUUACUUUCUAUUACCUAGCCUAUUUAGUAGGCAAAUUGGAAAUUACUUUUUACCAAAAGUCAAUGACAUGAAACUAACAUAUUUUUUCAAUGUACCGAUGUAUUACGAUGUGACAUCUAUACCACAAAUUACUUUUAUACUAAAAUUUAUAUCAAAGUAAAAUCUCAAGAAAAUGCUGACAGACUUUAAAACGACAUUGAUAUAGACUGUACAAAAGGGUGUUUUUCAUAACCUGAAAAAGAAAAAUGGUAGAUUUUAAAUUAAAGAGGAAAAAAUUCUGUAUCAAUUAGUGGUGUUCACACAACGGAGCAAUCGAUAUUUGUUAAAAAAAAACUUUAAUGCUAAA